UAUGUCGUACGACAAGGCGGUAAAUCAUUCGCGACUCGUCUUACAAAAAUAAAUAAUUGGUUUUUCACGAUAUUGUGUAGAGGUACACCUUUAUUUUUCUUUAUGUGAAUAUACGGCCGCAAAGGUGUUGUAAAUUAAGGGGCAAAAAAGCGGGCUCUAGGGUACAAUUACUAUACGCGACAUCGGUUUUUAAAAACAUUAAAUACAACUUUUUGAUGUAAAAAUAUCAGUCUCUAUCAUUUGUGACUAGAAAAGUGAGAACGGCUACGAGUUCUUCAAUAAUCUGCAUCAAUUAAAAUUCAAGACAUUUUUUUGUACAAAAAUGGAUGUUCAACAAACGUACAAGCUGGAAAAAAUGAGAAGGAGAAGAAGUAGAAGAAGAAUUACAUUGUAAUAUAACCGCCUACGCCGUCGGAAUCGCCAUGAAGGAGGAACCACAGCGGCGACUGUUGAAAGACCUAAACCCGCAUUUACUGUGUGUCCUGUGCGGGGGCUACUACAUACAACCAUCCACCAUAGUCGAGUGUCUGCAUUCAUUUUGCCGUUCGUGCAUCGUCAACUACUUGAAAACCAACCGGUUCUGUCCGAUAUGCGACGUCCAAGUACACAAAACCAAACCUCUGUUGAGCAUAAGGCGAGAUGAAAUUCUAGAAAAGCUCGUGUACAAAAUCGUACCCGGUUUAUAUUCCAAAGAAAUGGCCCGAAGACGUGAGCCCAAAGACGAACUGUACCUUUCACCGGACGACCACGUCAGUCUCGUAUUGCAGUAUCACAUGGAACAGCACGAAUGUUCCCGGACAGACGCACUAGAUCAACAACAGAACGACCCAGCAGUCAUCGAGGAUUUAAAGGCCGCCCACAGAAAAUACCUCAAUUGUCCAGCCGCCGUCACCGUAGAACACUUAAAGAAGUUCAUAGCUAUCAAAUACAACUUGACCGAUCAGCAUAAGGUUGAAAUCAUCCAUUCGGCCGAAUGUCUGCCCGACGAUUUUUCUCUAAUCGACGUAGCUUACUGUUUCGAAUGGGACCAGAAAUGUCCGAUGGAACUGUUCUUUCAAAUCCUGGAAAAGUCCACCGUGGCCGUUCCUGUAGUAGAAGAAGAAGUGGAAACCAACGAAGACGUUGACGUGGACGACGACAAUGACGACGAUUCGCACAGCGUGGCCUCGUCGUCGUUACCGUUCAUGUCUUCUCAGAGUGUCUCCGAAUGCGAUGAUGCAUCCAGCACGAGUUUGGAUUCGAAACCGCUGAUCGAACGACUGGAAUCUCACCGAAAGUCGUCGUAUACCAAGAGGAAACGCAGAGCCAAAAGCCGCUACGACGAAGGACCCGUGUCCAAAAAGAGUUUGUUCGACAGUCUUUUGUUAAGCGCUAAAAAUAACAAUAACAACGUCAUCGAUUUGGACGAAGAAAAAGACUUCCAAGAGUCCGAUGAAGAUUACUCCAAGUACGAGCAGGACAUCGAGGAAAUCAUCGAGGGAGAGGACGACGACGAAGAUGCCGGUCGUCUAAGAAUAUCGUCGAAUCAUUCGGAGGAGGAGGAGGUGAACGAAACGGCUAGUCAAAUGUUUGUCAUCGAAGACGUGGAAGAAGAGAAAUGCCAAAAGAAAGACAAACACUACAGGCACGAAGGAGGCCGGAACAAGAAGAAGAGCAAGAAAGCCAAGCACCAUCACCAUCACAAGAGGAGAUCGUCGCCGGAAUCGCCUCCGCCAACGGCCACCAUCGUGCACUCUCCCGACCGCGACAUAAUGAAAUUGAAAGUGAAGUUGAACACUUUGCCGGGAUAUCGCCACAAGGAAGACAGACAUCAUAGGCACGUCAAACAUUGCAACGGAAACGCUUCGCCGGCUUACUCUGCGGUGUCAUCGUCUCCAGCCCGUUCUUCGUACAAGGAAGACGAUUUGCACCUGUCAGAACAUUCUAGCGACAGCGUCGUGCUCGUUUUGGAUCCACCGAAGAAAUCGCCUCGCGAAGACAAACCGCCGAAACUCGCCGAGGUCAAACCGAAGGAAACGCGAGAAACCAAAACGGAAAGACCUUCGUCCGAGUCCAGAACCAAACCGUCUUUGCAGGCUACCAAUCAUCGGUCGCCCAAGACCGCCGACGAGCCCCCAAAGACCGCAGUCGUCGACCACAAGGAGACGAUGUUGCAAAUGCGAGCCGUUAGAUCCACACCUCAGGCCGAACCGCAACAUCAUCAACAACGAGUAGCCAAGGAGACGUCACCGAAAAUGCUGAUAAUGCCGCCGUCUUCGAUUACGGUCAGCAUAAUCACUGCCGAGGAAAAGAUAAAAAUGGAAAAAGACAAGUCUUUGAUGUUAUCGGGAAGUCACGAUUUGGGCAGCAAACGGCCUUCGUUGGAGAUCGUUAGGGUCAACGGUCCGCCGUCGUCUCCCACGGCCGGUGCCGAAGUGUCCGUCUCCAAAGCGUCGCCGGCAUCAGCCGUCAACAACCAACAGUCGGAACACCAACAGCACCAAGAGACCGUCGUUAAACCCAAAACCAAGAAACCCGUACCCGCCGUGAUCCCAAUCAAAUCGGCCAAACCUUCCAUAACCAUAACAACUCAAAACCGUAACCCGGCCGGUAGCAACAACAACACGAUAAAACAAGACGACAUGAAGACUAGCGUGACCAUAUCGUUGGAAAACGGCACGUCGCAACAUCAAAGCGACGCUCUGGACCUGUCCGGCAAAUCGACUCGGAAAGACGUCCUGUUGCCGUACCCAAACCGCAACGGUAACAAUAUGUCGCCGGCCCACGUCAACGGACAAUACGAUCAGCCGACAACUAUGCGCAGUCUGAUGACGUUAUCCGAAACGUCGACUCACGUUCGCAGCACGAUGUCUCCCACCGGGCAGGACAAGAAACGUUUCUCCAACUACAGUCAGAACGGAUCGUGUUCGCCUAAACGGUCGGCCAUGUCCAACGGUAGUGCGAACCUGCCGCUGAGGAUACCCGUGCCGCCCAUGCCGUCGUUCAAAGCUCACCAGACCGCCAAUCAAAAGUACUCGAUGGCCGUAGCCAAGUGUCCGGUAUCCCGUGCUAACGACGCCAAACCCAAGCACGGACCUCCCAACCAAGGCGUCCGCCACAUACCAAAUCCUUCGGUACUGCUCUUCCGACAACACCAGCAACACUUGGUGCAAUUCGCGGCCGCUGCCGCCGCAGCAGCUGCCGCCGGCCAACAACGGAAUCCUAUGUCGCCGCCCAGAUCGUCCCCGUCCAGGCUGUCCCCGCACCCGCCUGGCAUGCCGGCAGCCAUACCGUUACACACGAUCCGUAAAAUGGAAAACAUGACGAAGAACAUUGAAAAAGUGGCGGCCGGACUCUCCGUCAAGGCCAACGCGCUGUACAAGCAGAACUUUAUGGAGAACGGACGUGCGCGGGUAGAACUGCCGAGUUAAGGGACAAAAACUACGUAAACACGUCAUGCCGACGAGUUACAGAAAAUCAUUUUUAUUUUAAGGAAAAAACUACUAUUUACUAUUUAAGGUCUGUUGUACAAAAAUCGUUUAUCUCCAGCACGGUCGGCGCGCGCCGACUAUGUGUGCCGGGCAAGUUGCAAUAAUUCAAUAAACACAUUAUUUAAGAUGUAUAAACUAUUUUUAGACUAUUAAUUUUGUCAAUUGUUAUUGACAAAUUACUUAUCUUGUAUAAUAUCCUCAAUUAUUAUUAUAAUAAUAAUAUUAUGGUACAAACGUUAUUUAUUUGCCCUUGUAGAUUAUCUUUAAUACUUUCUUUUUGUUUUCGAACUAGUGGACUUUAGAACAUUGACUGCAGAUUAGAUAUUACAUUAUUACUAUUAUUAUUAUUCACCGGUAACCGGUUCACUGACGCCCGCGGGUUAGCCUAAUUUUAAUUGUAAAUAUUAUAUUAUAUGAAAAAAUUAUUGUUCGCAUAAUUUAUUAUGAAAAUAUUUUAUAGACCGUAGAAAUCGUGUCCUCGAUAGUUUUAAUAAAUAUUGAUAUUAUAACUAUUAUCAUUAUUAUUAUUUAUUUAAAUAAUUGUCUUUGUAAUUUUUUUUUU